UCCUACUCAAGUUUCCUCAAAAAUGUAGAGGGUCUUUUGUACCCUUUUUGAUCAACUUUUCUGAGAGUAACAUAUAUGUUUAUACAAUGAGGGGGAAAUAAGUAUUCAGACAAUUUUAAAGGGGUCAUAUGGUGCUUUUUUCAUGUUUUCCUUUUCCUUUAGUGUGUAUUGUAUCUGUUUGUGCAUGUAUACGAUCUGCAAAUUUACAAAUAGUCUCCCACAAAGGGACUUAUUCUAUCUAAAAGAGAAUACUGCUCCAGACCUGCCUAAAACGCCUCGAUCCAUGUCCAGAUAUUACGUGCGCAAACAUCUACAUCACAAUUUGUAAUAUAUCAACAUAAUGCCUCCAGAAUUUUUUUGAUUUUUAAUUAAUAAAAAUUUUUAACAGUAUUUUAUAUUGUCACCUCAGGACAUGAAGUUGUUAUAGUGAAGAAGACAAAUUAACAUUUACAACAUCGUAUCUGAAAACUACGGAGUUACAAAAUAAAACCUUUCUGCUCAAGUCGUGUUUGCAAAGUUGGUUCCGAAUAAUCUGCUCGAUCAUCCGCAUUUUCAGAAUCUGACUCGGGCUUGAACUUAUACGGUAAAACCGACGACAUUAUUAACUGUGUUUAUAUUUGCUUUAUAAGCCUUGGAAGUUGAAGCUCAUUAUUAUGGUAAGGGGCGUUACAUUUCCGACACACACUUGAGGUUACUGGCUAAUCACAACAUAAAGGGUCAGCUGGCCAAUCAGAACUCUCUGGGCUUUUCGGAAAUAGGGACUUUGAAGGAACCAGAACUCAACCGGAGCGUUUCAGGCAGCCUGGGAAUAGAGGUACUGCAAUAAUGUACAGUAUGUAAAAAAAUAAUGUGUUUUUUGACCAUUAAAGCAUGUUAACCUAUUCUAUUACACCCAAUAAACAAAAUAAUGAACUUUUAAAAUAGCAUUUUAGGACCCCUUUAAUUAAUUUAGUUCCAGCAUAUAUGAAGUGCAUAUGUCCACUUCAAAUUUACACUUGGAUUUUGUACUUAUAAAUAUGAACAAUACAAAUACAUUUCUGAAGAGAAUUUAAUCUUAUCAGCCAAGAAACUUAAUCUGACAUUGCAACAAGAGAACAACCCCAAAUAUACAGACAAAACAACCCAGGAAGGUCUACCAUGGCCCUGCCAAUCUCUGCCAGUGGGAAUUGAAUCCCACUGAAAAUUUAUGGAGGAUUUUGAAAUUGUGAGCCCAUCGGAUUUAUCCUCGUAACCUUGGAGAAUUGAAAAAGAUUUGCCAAGAGGAAUAGGCUAAAACUGAAUCACAAUGCUGCACAAAACCCUAAGUAUUUCUUAGUAUACAGUAGAUACCUCAAAGCUGUAUUUACCAACAAGAGUUUUGCAGCAAAGUACUGUUAAUAAUUUGUGGUGUCAGAAUACUUUUUCCCCUAUCAAUGUAGUUUUUUAAACAUAACUUUGUUUAUGAUUAUAAAUAUAUACUUGUGUUCAUAUUUAUAAGCACUAUAUAUAGUGAGACAAUCAGUGGAUUUGGUAUAUAAACUUAUAUCACAACUUUGCUGAACGCUCAGUUCUGGUUGAUCAGAAAUGUUUUAUAACAAAUCACAGGUUUAUAUUAAUACAUUAUUGUUUCUAUAGUAACAACUUACACAGUGACUUGUAUGGCAGACAUGCCACAUAACCUAAGGCUAAUAAUAAAUGAAUUUAAAAAAAAUUGUUGUUCUUAAAUAAAAAGUUUAAAAACUUAUAGCCGUUUAUAUGAUGAAGCUGUCUAUAAGGCAACAUUUUUUUUUUUUACAUUUACGGAAAGAGUCUCUGGUGUCGACAUUUUAUAACAGUCAGUAAGUUUUCCACCUGAAACUCUUCAGGUCAGAGAUUUCCACUUUCCAGUUUCUUUGUAACACAACAAGCGGGAGUUUUUCCUUUGUCUUAUUAACUUAAAGAGAGAGAAGAUAAAGAUGCCUGUGAAGAAAAGACAGUUUAGAGCUGCUAAGUAAGUGAUAACAGGAACGAACUUGUCUUGCGGAUGUUUUAUAUUAAAUGUAACUGAUAAAAGGUAUGACUUGAUAAUAACUGAUAUUCAUAAACAAUUAUAAUAGUUGGCAAAUUGCUGUUGUUCCUGCUCAUAAUAAGAAACAAAACAAUAGAAACCCUCAUAGAAUUUGUAAUGGUUUUAAUGGUUAGAAUGGGAAUUGUAUUGGUUUUAAUGGAAACUGUAAUGGUCCCUGUGGGUCUCUACUGGUAAUUUGUUGCCUUCUAUUGGUGGCAUAUUAUAUCUAGUGGAUACCAUUAAGGACCUAUUUUAAUAGGUAGCUGAUGGUUUGUAAUGGUAUUUCUAGUAUAAACCAUUAGAAUUUCUGUGAUGGUUUCUAUUGUUCCUAUUUUUCCAGUAGGGGUGUAAGAAUAAUAAAACACUCUAUAGGAAAAUAAUGACCUUUGGAGUGGUAACGCAUCACAACACCCCCUUGCCGUUGACUAUUUUCUUACAACAGCAUGUUUUAUGACUUUUACAUGGUCUAUAAGGCCUAAGGUCCAUGAAUAAGAGGGAGGUCUAUAUGAGGUCUACGCUUAAAAUGACACCGCACUGCGUUUUUAUCGGGAAAACAUCUUUAUCAAAUUUUAUUUUAAAAUAAAUAUGUUUUUAAUGUGAACUUUUUGCUCUUUGGGGCACAUUUCAUCCCAUAACUACGACAUAGUAAACAAAUAGGCAGCCAGGCAGGUCGAUUGUACUACGUCUGUGUAGCGCAAUCCCAAUCUGCAACCUAGUGCACUUCAACGGGCGUUCAAGCCAUUAGGUCGUUCCCUAGAUAGUGCACCUAAGUAGAUAAUGAGGAGUGUAUUUGGGACACAGCUUCAAGCCCCACCCCGGGCCAAGUUCUCACGUGGACAGUCAACAAGGACGCCGCCUGGAGCAUAACACUGACGUCGGCGCUGUUUCUCGACUACACACUGAUUAGCCAACUGAUAGAAAUCUCUUGAGUCGGAAAGUGGGAGAAUGUAAGCUUUUACACAGGCGUCAAACUGAAGUUUGGGGAUUAGACCUCACGCCGAACGCACUGUGUGUGUUCGUGUGUGUGUGUUUCAGAGAAUGGAAGCUUAUCAGAGUAGUCAUGAAGAUGCCAUGAUGGAGAGUGCAGAAGCUGCUGAAGCACUGAUGAACAUCGAUUCCUCCACUUCUCUUGCACUGGAUGAGAAGCAGAUCCCUCAAAUGUUUUUUUUGACGUCAUCUCUGGUAGAGGGUAACCAGUUUUUAACGGACGGUGGAAUCGGACAGCAACAGUGGAUCCACCUUCAAAAAGGAUCUUUACCAGAUGAUAAACCAAAGGCUAAAAAGGGUAGAAGACCCAAACGACCACGGGCACAUUCUCCAAUGCCUGACAUAACUAUUAAGAAGAGCAAGGACAGCAAAGGAAAUACAUUGUACCUUUGGGAGUUUUUGAUUGCUUUGCUGCAGGACAAGAACGCUUGUCCCAGAUACAUCAAGUGGACCAAUUGGGAAAAGGGCAUAUUCAAGCUUGUGGACUCCAAGGCCGUGUCACAGUUAUGGGGAAAACACAAAAACAAACCGGACAUGAACUAUGAAACAAUGGGAAGAGCACUUCGAUACUACUAUCAGCGUGGUAUCCUGAAUAAAGUCGAGGGUCAGAGACUGGUGUAUCAGUUUGCAGAGAUGCCAAAAAACAUUGUCUACAUAGGUGACGACAGUGACGGCCCUGGUGGCAAUAAUAUCAACGUUUCAAACGAGGAUGAUGAUGAUCACUCCAGUGAGGCAUCCAUCAAUGAACUAACAUCUUUAAACUUCACCUCUCCCUCCCAAUCAAAAUUGCUCACUUCCAAAACACCUUUUAUGAGUACCAAAGUUCGGAAGGCUGUGAAUGGAGGCCAACGUAAGCCAGUUAACAACCCCAUUGAGGUUACAGGAGCCACCAAACCAGCCCGUUCAUUAGGUCUCAUCCAGCAACAGCAUCUACCCAUUGUUUCUGCAGAGAUGAUUAAAACUCUUCAGAAUGUCCAGUCCAUUCAACCAGGCCAGCACGGGUCGGUUUUCCGCACAGCUCAGCUGUUAGAAAGUCUUCGUGUUAAGCAAGAGACCGUUGAGGUCAAGCAGGAGCCGCUGGAGGUUCAGCAGGAUGGCCAGGCACCUCAGAUCGUUACGCUCCAGCUGGUACCUGUAUCUUCCACUGAAGAGGGAAUGGAUGGAUCUGUAACUUCUCCUCAGUUCAUCAUGCAAGCAAUUCCAGAGACCAUCCCAGAGGAGAUGACCCUCGUAGUACAGAACGUCACCCUGGACAAGGCUUCUUCUGAUCCUUGCCAAGAUUUUGUCAAGGAAAAGAGCGAAGAAGCCAUCGUCUCUAGUUCUGCGUCAAGUAGUGCCUCAGUAGUGACAUUUGCUGGAGGGCAACAGUUGGUUUCUCAACCUUCUGGUACCGUUAUCCGUUCUGUAGUCACUGCAACGGAACCAAAGAUAUCAGGUCAAAUAAGUGACCCCGACCCCGGAGAGGUCUGUGAAGCUCCUGAAAACUCCCUUGACGUCCCACAAAGUCCAAGCCUGGAUAAGAAGAACCUCUCGGAAACAAAGGUGGAGCCAUUAAGUGUGGUCAUCUUUAAUGACUCAUGGGUGGGUUACACUUCCAACGCAACCACAGAGUCAUCAGGCUAGACUGAAACCUCAUUUUGUCCAAUGCCAUUAAGGCCUUACUCAUCACAUUCCUUUGGGACUUGCACAUGCACUGGAAUUUACAGGCACUCCUUUUUCUUUCUUUUUGCCUCUUGUUUUGUUUGCACCAGAUUUGCCUUGCUAUGCCAUGCCAUGCAAAGAUUAUUUUUUUAGGCGGAUCAAUGAUUCUUAUGCAGCUUAUUCUGGCCUUAAAUCCUAUUCUCCUUACUUAAGUGCCCUAAAUAAUGUACUGCAAUGUUGUUCCUCAGGGUUCUUCUCUGACACAACCAGUAAUGUGUCGAUAAUGUCGCCAUGAAAUGGACGGCCAAUUGCAGCCACUUUUUAUCGUUCACAGGAGAGCUAGCCGGGACUUAAUGAUAUCUCCUGGAUGGUGAUGGUCAAAUGAAUUAGUGAUACUGUACGUGAUGCAUAUCUUCUUGGUAAAGAAGCAUGAGUGCAGACAUGUAGGUAACUGAUUCAUACCUGGAUCAAAUGUGUGACUUGGCUAUAAAUAUUAAAAAAAAAAAAAAAAGAUGCUGUAUUUUUAUUGACCAAAUAAAUUUUCUUGCUAAAAAGCUAUAUGUUUUAAAAGCUGAUCAUGUGCUGUUGACUGUAUUGCUGUUAAUGUUAUUUGAGAAAUAUACUGUAUGUGACCAAAAGGAACUGAAAAUUCAGGUGUUGCAUCAACGUGACAAUCAUUUCAUGUUACUUUACUCACUAAAUAUGUAUAUUCUGUUCGAAAGAAGUUGCUAAUGAUGCACUGCACCCUGGUUUGAGAUGAAUUCUAUUGAGAUGGAAAAGCAAGUACUGAGCUAUAAACAUUCCUUACCACAAGAUGCUGCAGUUCAUAUUAUUUCUAUACAUUUUAGGAUCUGUCCAGGGCCUGCCUAACUUCAUUUGGACUUGUGUUAAAAUCGUGUUUUUGGUUAAAUGGAAUUUGGGUCCAAAAUGGAAAUUUAAAAUUUGGGGUUCACUAUUUAGAUUUCAAAAACAGGGAACUGGAUCUGGAACUUUCUGGAAGCACAUAUGCAUUUGGCCAUGCACAUGUCCAAACUUUUACGAGGUACUUAACACGGUGUCUUUUGUUCCAUCCAAACGUUUGAUUACAAUGACUGCAUGUUUAAAAUACAAUGACUGAAUAUGAAGCUGUAUGCCUCUUCCAUCAUUACCUACUAAUACUGGGUCAUCUCUUUUUGUAUAUGCCAGUUCUUUAAUCUAUAAUCUUCCUUGUUUGUUUCUGUUUCUGUGUUACAUGCUGUAGUACUGAUAACUGUAACGAAUGAAUGUGACUCCCAAUUUUUUUAUUGCAUUUUUUUUUUUUUUUAUUGGAAAAGCCUGUACAAUGCUCCUGGAUAUCAAAGCCAUAAUGUUGGUGUUUCUAAUUAAAUAUCAUUGAAAACGUC